UGAGGACUAGCUGACUUUUCAGUAAAAUGAAAAAAAGACAUUUUAGUGAAAACUGUUUGCAAAGCAGUGAUGUGCGUGAUUUGAGCUAUUAGUAGCCGGAAGAUGCGCUUAGGCGACCCGUCCGACGGCAGCGAACUGAGUGAAUUCGCUUACAGUGGCGGUGGUCGUUGGGGGUCUGCUCAUGGGGGUCAAAGUUGGGGUCGUACACCAGGACCCAUUGCCGCCACUGGGCCUCAGUCGGCAACGCACGCUGCUCACCAUUCUACCGCCAUCGCAAACAGGACAAGCUAUGAAGCCGAAGACAUGUCCAGACAUAACGGGAGGCCUGGAACUCGGCCUGGUUUAUACUAUUCGCCUCCUGGUACCAGCUACACUAUAGUGGAAAGGCCUGCCAGCGCAUCUAGGCCUCAUACACCCCAUCAGCAGCACUAUGCAGACAAAAGAUCAUCGAGAGGUUCCUAUCUCGGGCAAUCAUCAGGUGCGUUAGGAGGUUCCGUAUCAAACUUUCACGGCGGUGCUUAUGGAAGUGCAUCAACCACCAAUACCGGUGCAGUCUCAUCAAUCAGCGGUAGUACGAGACACGCAGCGAGUUCUGGAUCCGCUGCCACCAAAAAGCGCCCAAUUUCUCCGGAACAAGUACUGAGGCUGUUUGGACCCCAAGGAACUACUUCCAGAACGGGUACGGAACGCAUGGCUGGCAGAAGAGGCCCUUCGCCGGCUAGCAGUCCACCGAGCACGACACAUCAGGUAUAUACUUAUCGUGAAAGGCCUAUUAUGCAACAAUCUGUUCCCAACAUUCACGAAUUGUGUACGCGAACAGUUUCUAUGAGUAGAGAUCCUGUGGAUGGUGCUCAUGGUUUUGGAAUCUGUGUGAAAGGAGGAAAAGAUGCAGGUUUGUCGGUGUAUAUUUCACGGGUUGAGGAAGGUUCUGUAGCAGAAAGGGCCGGACUGAGGCCCGGAGAUUCAAUACUAGAAGUUAAUGGCACGCCUUUCACUGCAAUUUCUCAUGAUGAGGCUCUUAAGAAAUGUACACAGAUGCUGAAGUCAUGCAGGCAUCUAAGUAUGACGGUACGAAGUCCACCUUCUUUACCAAUGCAUCUGCAACAACAGCCGUCUCUUCAGCAACAACAUGUCAGCAUACCAUCGUCGCACGUCGGAUUGCCACCAAUUGGCGGUGUAUUGGGGACAAAUCCUGGAACCAAUCCUGUAGUUCUGUCACCGAGCGCACCUAUUCCUGUCGGAGCGCCUUUUGGUGGCAGCGCCCCGGGAUACGGAGCGACUGUUAGGCAAACGUCAUGUUCGUGGAUGGACCGUCAAGGGAGACCGGUUUCACCACCUCCAGACUCUAGUAUGGGAAUAUGGUCAACUCGAGAUAGAAGUGUUCGAAGGGUAGAACUCUGCAUUCAGCCUGGUCAGUCUUUGGGUUUGAUGAUCAGGGGUGGAGUAGAAUAUCAAUUAGGAAUAUAUAUUACGGGAGUCGACAAAGACAGCGUCGCUGAGAGAGCCGGAUUAAUGAUUGGUGAUCAAAUUUUAGAAGUAAAUGGUCUCUUUCUGGACGUGACGCAUGAUGAGGGUGGGCAGCUGAAAUUCCAUAAAAGGAUGUCACUGGUGGUUCGGGAUGUUGGAAAAGUUCCUCAUUCCUGCACUGCCUAUGACAAUGAGCCUUAUGAUCCCGCCAGUCCGACGUCUAGACAACCUAGGUCACCUGCUCAGCAAAUGGUAGAAGAAAAAGCACGUUCUUUACUACCCCGAGCAGAAUUCAGUGCACUAUGUUACUACACGCAGCAAUAUUGCUCAAGAAGUAUGACUUGCGAAGCCUUAGUCACAGUACUGCAAGAAAUGCUAAAUACUCCAGAUAAGUUAACACUGAUGACAGAGCUCCGGGAAAUCAUUUUACCAGAAGAUCGAGUAAGAUUUGACGAGCUGGUAUACAGGAGGGAUGCCCACAUCGAUCCUCAUGCUCGGGCUAUGAGAUGGUUAGCCCGAUUUCAUACUUCUGACCGAGUCUCUGACUAUUUUUUUAGAGAUUUCAACCAAUUGCAUUUGAGAUAA